ACGAUGACAGUCACCAACUAUACCAAAAACCCAAAAAAAAAAAAAAACAAGCAGACAGACACCAACUAGCUAACUAAGCAAGUAAGCAACUAAAAUUCAUUCAGCAUUUGUUCGUUGCAGAAUUCGUUGAAGACGAUGAAGCCUGGUGCGUCCUCUCUUGUGACUUUGCUUUCUCUUCUCCUUGCGCUUUCUGGGCUCUGCGUCUUGGGAUCUCGCAUGGUGGAAGAACACCACGACAACAUCAUUCGGAUGAAGCUCGGAGGGCUUCGUGACUCCCACUACGACGCCGUUUCGAACCACGCUGAAAUCGAAAGCCUCGCUCGUUUCGCAAUUCAAGAACACAACAACAAAGAGAAUGGCCUUCUUGAGUUUGCAAAGGUAUUGAAGGCAAAAGAGCAGGUAGUAGCGGGUAAGAUAUAUUUUCUUACACUUGAAGCAAUUGAUGGAGGAAAGAAGAAGUUAUAUGAAGCCAAAAUUUGGGUGAAGCCAUGGAUGAACUUCAAGCAGUUGCAGGAAUUCAGGCAAAUUCAUGCUAUCACUCCCUUUAAGAGUUCAGACCUUGGCGUUCAGCAAGAAACAAUCAAGAUCACUUCAGGGAUAGUUUUUGUAUCCUUACAAUCUCAGAGAAACGUGAAAACAUUCCGAGAAGGCGAGAACCAUCCCCCGAAAAAGAAAGGACACAAACUGGGAUGGCAUGAAGUGCCAACUCUUGAUCCUGAGAUCAUGGAUGCUGCCAGUUAUGCUGUAAAGUCCAUUGCGCUAAGAUCGAACUCUUUGUCUCCAUAUGAACUUCUGGAGAUUGUUCUGGCCAGGGCCAAGGUAGUUGAAGAUUAUGUGAAAUUAAACUUGCUUCUGAAGUUAAGAAGGGGGAUGAAAGAAGAGAGGUUUGUGGUUGAAUUAAAUAAGAAAGUUGGUGGAAGGUUUUAUGUAAGCUGGAUGAAACAAGAUUCUCCCUGAAUUCGGUAGCUAUCUUUGUUUAAUUUAUGUAAAUGGAGUGACACUUCUCUUACCACUAGGACGAAAAGUGUUGUUUGUAGUGUAUUAUACAUUAUAGGAACUAGUUAAUACAUAUAAAACAUGCGUUUAAUACUUUGAUGUAAAUAAUAAAUGCAUAAUGUGGCUUGCCGUGUAAA